GCUGGGAGAAGACAAAAUCCUGACUUGUCACGGGAUCAUCUCUGGGCUGCUUUGAGUCGAACCCUUACUGGAGAUUGAAGCGAGUGAUCACUCUACUAGAACGCAAGCUCUGAGAAGAUGGCACCUAAAAGUCUGGUCCUGGCUGUUUACACCUUUGCUUUUGUGACUGGGCUCCCUUCCAACCUCCUGGCCUGCUACUCAUUCCUGAGGAAGGUGCGACAGAACCCGGUCCCCAUAGAUAUCCUCUUGCUGAACUUGACUAUAUCGGAUCUCUUCCUUCUACUCUUCUUGCCCUUCAAGAUGGUGGAGGCUGCCUUAGACAACACUUGGCCUCUCCCUUACUUCCUUUGCCCUCUGGCCAACUUCUUAUUCUACAGCAGCAUCUAUCUCAGCACUCUCUUCCUCAUGGGGGUCAGUGUGGAGCGCUAUCUGUGCGUCGCUCACCCUGUCAAGCACAAGUUAAACCGCAGACCAACCUAUGCAAAAGUGGCCAGCCUCUUCUUUUGGUUGCUGGCUUGUUCACACUGCUUAAGUAUUGUCUAUGUGGUAGAAUACUACGAUGGAAGUGAGAAGAAACCUGAUGAUAACUCCACCUGUUAUGAGAACUUCACUCCUAGCCAGCUCCGCAUCGUCCUCCCUUUCCGCCUGGAGCUCUGCAUUGUCCUCUUCUUAAUCCCUUUCAUCAUUACCCUUUUCUGCUACAUCAGUGUCAUACGGAUCCUGACCUCCAUGCCCAACAUCAAGCCCCAGAAGAAGCAACGGGCCAUAGCCCUAGCCUUGGCUACGGUGCUCAAUUUCUCCCUGGCCUUUGCUCCCUACAACAUCUCUCAUAUUGUGGGCUUUAUUCAGAAUGAGAAUCCUUCCUGGAGAGUGGAGACGUUCUUCCUCACCUCCCUGAACACCACCCUGGACCCUGUCAUCUUCUUCUUCUCUUCUGCCACCAUCCGCCGAGCCUUCACUGGCUUCUGGCUCCGCAUUUGCUCUAUUAUUUCCUCACCAUGCUGCCUGGUUUGCUGCAAGACUCCAAAAACAGACGCCAAAGAAGAAGGAGCUGGCCAGGUAUCAGUUUCAAAUAUGCUGGCUGGAUCCAGCACACCUAGUCCUUUCACAAGAUCCGGGAUAUCCGAGAACUGA